GGAACCCCAAAACAAAAACAUUGGCAGCAGGAUAUAGAGACGGCAGACACCAUAUCAAAAUGUAACGGCACACUGUUUCAUACUGACUCCAAGAUCACAGUGUUACCACGUUCUUUCCCAAGUGCACGGUCAUCUGACUGCCAGCUCAUUGUCGUCCCUGUGAACACUCUUCGUUUGCUGCCCUGCAAGCUUCGCUCCAACCACGCCCACAGAAAAUGGCUGUACAAACCAGAUGUUAGUCACUUCCUGUUUCGGAGCCCAGAUGGUGGAUUGGUAGUCAGUGGCCGAGCGGGAUGUGAGGAGAUCUUCUCUUGUUGGUCCGAGGAGAGUGGCUUCCGGCAACUCUUGGCCAAUUACUGUGUGAGAGCAGAACCUUUGUCUGAGAUGACCACCAAUUUAGGACGGAUAGACGAACCUUUUAUAAUUAAGGGCAUAUCUUCAGACAUCCUGUCCGGUGAAUCGGCGCGCUCUGCUCAACAGCGCGUAAAGACGUAUGGCACGGAGCUGGCGGUGGUGUGUGUGCUGUUAGCCAUGUGCGUGCUUUCGUUUGGCCUGUCUCUGGCGUACAGACAGAGGGGCCGGAUGAAGGAGAUGCUAAGGGGGGGAGAGCAAACUGGAGGAGCCCAGAAAAGCCCAGUCAGGCCUGGGGAGAGUUUACCCCUGAAUGGUGGUGUGCUUCCAACCUCCCCAUCAGACCACAAAAGCUACCAGACAUUGGAGGAAAACUGUGGCUACAUAAUCUCUCCACCAGAGACUUCCUGCACAAACACAUUACCGCAGCAGAACUCAGUGGAAGCACAGAUGCUCGCCCAAACACCACAGAAUGGGUUUAAAGACAGUCAUGUGGAGAUAAGUGACAUUUCCCCUCGCCCACGGGUCCGUUUGGGUUCAGAGAUCAGAGACUCUGUGGUAUAAAUAGGUGCAUUUGAUAUGGAAAACACACCCAAAUACAAUGUAACUCUCCUAAUGUUCACUUUGUUGUCAAUGGGCAGCUUUACUUAAUGACUUUAAAGCCCUGAUCACAAGUGAAAGGGGGGAUACAGAUAUACUGCCACUCUGAGUGAGAACAGAGGUACUCGACGCAUCAUUUCAGGGUGCCACGCUUUGUGUGUAUGGCCAGAUUUGAAAUAAUUUAGACAAUGCCCUCAAGUCUGCUUCGAGUCUUCAGUCAUCUCUUUUAAUGUUAAACUUUAUCACACGGUGUGUUGUGAUAAUAUGAAAAAGAUCAUGUUUAAAGAUUAGAGAUGUAGUGAGAUGGAAACGGGUACAAGAGUGAACCGGAGAGAUGGAACAUGGGACCAGUGCCCGGUUGCAUAAAGCACCUUAAGUUUUUCCCUUAAGUGUGACACUUAAGGGGUGAUUUCUCUUUACCAAACACAGUAGGAGAAUAACUUAAGUAAAACUUAAGGUAUAUUUAAGGGCACACUUAAGGGAAAAUUACACUUAAGGUGCUUUAAGCAACCGGGCACAGGCCUUAUGUUUUCAUAUAGUAUACCAGGCAGUUUAGAGCUUCAGCAUUACAGACCACAGUUACAUUUCUAAACGUUUCAGAAACAUGCACUGAAUUUUUAAUCAUUUCAUUUUUUCUAAAAACUGAAGUUAAAUUUCAUGUUAUGUUGGAAAUAACAAGGUUGGUGUUUUCUUCAAAUGUAAAAAAAGAACAUCUUAAAAAUGCCUGGUGUCUAUUAUGGUACGUUGAAUAUGGAGAAAUUCAAAGAAGGAAUAUGUGCUUGUAGAUAAAAUGUGGGAACAGGGAUGACCAUUAAGGAACGAUAAGGUUUCCUAAUUCCUUUGAAUGUACAUAUGAAAACAUGUAAAGCACAAAAGUCAACAUUCAUUAUUACCACAUUCACAAGUGUUUAGUACAGCAUGGUCCAAUAGACAGACUCUGGCAACAAUGUACAACCACAGAUCGAUAUGACACUGUACAAUAAUACAAUAAAAUAGCAAUGUAAACAACAUUAAUCAAUACUUGUAUAAAGUGUGAGGUAAUGCACAAGAACAAAUAUUGUAGAUCAUUUGGACACAAAAAAAUAGGACAGCAUGUAUGAUGCUGCCAGUGUUACAAGAGCCGUUUAUUGGUAUAUAAGCCGUUUGAGGUGUGAUGGAGCUACAAACAGGUUUGGAAUUGAUACAAAAUCUUUGGGGGUACAUAAUUUGCAUACAUAACCCAGUUUAACUGUGAAAUUUUACAUUCCAUCUUUUAGCUUUUGUGUACUGAAUGGUAAAUAGAUUUUGAUCUUUUAUACUUUAUUGACAUUGUUUGCCUGUUGUUUUAAACAUUUUACAUUCAGGCACUUUAUUUUUUUCUUUCAGUGUUUGUAAGCUGUAGGUCACUGUCAGCAUCCUGGGACAGUACUCUGGUCAAGAUUUGUAAUGUUAAAGUGAAAUGAGUGCAGUCCUCACAGUUUGACAUGCAAAAUAAAAUUUUGCAUCCGCUAAAAAUGUCAGGCUUGUGUUGUUUUUCUUUCUUCAAAAAAGAAUCAUAGUAUCACCCUCUUUAAAAUAAUAUUAAAUACGGUUCAGUGUAUAUUACUUAAAUGCAUGUAUCUGUUAAAGGGAUAGUCCAUCCAAAAAUGAAAUUCUGUCGUGAACUACUCACUCUCUAGUUAUUCCGUAUCUGUAUACAAAGAAAGUUAGUCAUUUUCACUAUGGUAGUCAAGGAUGCCCCAAAAAUGUCAGUUGCUAACAUUCGUCCAAAUAUCUUUCUUUGUGUUCAACAGAACAAAGACAUUUAUACAAGUUUGGAACAACUUGAGGGUGAGUAAAUCAUGACAGAAUUUUCAUUUUUGGGUGAACUAUCCCUUUAAAUAAAUUAAUUAUUUUUAACAUUUAGAAGGUUUUUGGACAAUUCAAAGGUUUUGGGUAAUUGUAGAUAUUCUUGUGUUUUCCAGUG